AUGAAAAAUUCUGGUGUGAUAGACUUCAGGGAAUAUUUACUUGGAGUCCUAGGGAUAGUCAAAGACAAAAAAGCUUUAGAUGUGUUACAGAUAGCUUGUAAGAUAUAUGAUAAAAGCGGACACGGUCGACUAACUUGCGAAGACUUCUGCAAGGCAGCUUGUCAAACAAUAGCCUUAAGUAAAGACUAUGCUAUGGAAGUAUUUGAACAGGUGGAUAGAAAUCAACUUGGUUAUAUUACAUAUGGUAAGUUUCUUUCUCAUGUUGUAACUGGCUGA